AGCCAUCCCGAGCCAUCCUGAGCCAUCCUGAGCCACAGCCCCGCCGGCAGCAGCGAGGGCCACGCCGCGACCAUGUCUGAGCUGGAGAAGGCAAUGAUCGCUAUCAUCGAUGCCUUCCACCAGUACUCCGGGAAGGAGGGRGACAAGCACAAGCUGAAGAAAUCGGAACUGAAGGAGCUCAUCAACAAUGAGCUGACCCAUUUCCUCGGGGAGAUCAAAGACCAGGAGACUGUGGACAAAGUCAUGGAGGCACUGGACUGCGACGGGGAUGCAGAAUGCGACUUCCAGGAGUUCGUGGCCUUCAUUGCGAUGGUCACUGCCGCUUGCCACGAGUUCUUUGAGCACGAGUGAAUUUUGGGAAGCAGGCAAGCCUCUUCUGCUCGYGCUGGAGAGAGGCAAGGCAGCAUUGCUCCUCUGGGAAAGGACUGGRUGUGAUUACAGGCGCCUUAGAGUUCAGCUUGUGCCUAGACUUAAGCAGCUUAUUAAAAGUGCUGUGGCUUUGUGAACAAGAAGCACCGGUGCAGCUCGGGAAAGGCCAUUGGCUCAUGCCCACUGGGUUGGAUGCAGUGAGUGAGUGCCUUGCCUCAAGCUCCUUCCCUGCUGCUGUUAGUCAGCAAUGUGCAUGGGGCUAGAAGCACAGGGAUGCUGUGAUCCAAGCUUGCAGGCAAAGGAAAAAGGGAAAUUCAAGGGUUGAAGGAGGAGGUGAUGCAGAGAGGCUGGUUAUGGAAACCUGCUGAGCCCACUGGCCUGAACKGGAAGGCUCCCAGUGAUUCCUGUGGGCCCUGUGCAUGGCAUUAACCCAGGAAACUCAGCUCCUGUACCCUCACAGGUGCUCAGUAGAGCCCACCCAUUUUUUGGCACAUUGAGACACCCUCGGCUUGCAAGGCAAUGUAUAACAAUGCAAAAGCGUAACCAUCUGACAGCUCAGGCUUUUCUCAUGACCAUUCCUGCAUUUAGCAGCUGCAGAACUAGAAGCAAUGUUGUGUGAGGCUCCUGUGCUGGGGUCAGCUCCUGCACCUGGGAUAUAAAUGCCUUGGCAAGGUGUCCAGGCUCAUCACAAGGGGCAGGGAUUGGCCCAGUGUGACCACAGACCAGGCACAGCCUCCUGAGUGUGGAAAUUAUAAUAAAAUGUUGGUUUGGCCUCUGGUGAUAAACGUGUCCUUUUGUGCCAGGCURCCCUGCACUGACAGAGGAAGGCUGGGGGAUCCAGCCUGAAGCGCUGCUACAGCUCAUGGCCCCCGGUUUCUUGUUGGGUACUGACCCCUGAUCUCCUCCCUGGUGUCCUGUGACAGGCCAGAUGGCCCAUGAUUGUGACCAGCACUGUGCUCCAUCUGGCUGCCCACACUGGCAGGUGUACCUGCCAGGAUAAGGGAACACAUGGCUCCUCAGCAGGAUGUGUCUGCUGCUACCAGGGUCAUCCAGGGGUUUGCAGUGGUGAGCCCUUGCAAAUCCUCAACUAAACCCAGGACAACCUUCCCAAAGCCUGUGCUUCUGCCUUUUCARUCUKCACCUGUGCCUCRGGGUGAU